CCUGGAUUUCUGACUGACUGGCUGAGAAGUAACCUUUAUGGUUUAUUCAUGGAUCAGCGGAUGAAAACUUUCAUUUUAUUCAAUUAAGUCAACUUUCCUUUUUUCUUUUUACUUUUUUCGCACCAUGCCGAUGAAACGCAGCAGCGAGAGUUCGACCAGAAGUGAAAUGUUUCUUAUUCACUCUUUUACAAAGACUUUACGCAGCUCAUCAGAGGAAACACACUCAGAUUUUAACGGUCAAACACCUUUUCAUCAGGAAGAUGAUUCUGGGAUUAAGUCAGAAGACGGCAACGAGACGCCGUCAUCUGAAGACGAACACGAUCUGUUGGACUUGAACUCUGACCUGAGGAUGAAACAGAGCAUGAGUUCCAGGAAAACCAUCAGUCAGAUAAUUAAGGACAAGAAGAAACAAACGCAGCUAACUCUGCAGUGGCUUGAGGAGAACUACAUCGUGUGUGAAGGGGUGUGUCUGCCUCGUUGUAUCCUUUACGCUCACUAUCUGGACUUCUGCAGAAAAGAGAAACUAGAGCCAGCCUGCGCUGCUACGUUUGGAAAGACGAUCCGGCAAAAGUUUCCCCUUCUGACAACAAGAAGACUUGGCACCAGAGGGCACUCCAAAUAUCAUUAUUAUGGAAUUGGGAUCAAAGAGAGCAGCGCUUAUUACCACUCCGUAUAUUCGGGUAAAGGUUUAACCAGAUUUUCAGGGAGCAAGCUCAAGAAUGAGGGUGGCUUUACCAGGAAAUACUCUUUGAGCUCUAAAACUGGAACCUUGCUCCCGGACUUCCCCAGCGCCCAGCAUCUUGUGCUGCAGGGAAAUAGUUCCAGAGAAAAGGUUGACACUCUGAUCAUGAUGUAUAAAACACACUGUCAGUGCAUCCUGGACAACGCCAUCAACGUCAACUUUGAUGAGAUCCAGAACUUUCUGCUCCACUUCUGGCAGGGAAUGCCCGACCACCUGCUGCCUCUGCUUGAAAACCCGAUUAUAGUCGACAUCUUCUGCGUCUGUGACUCUAUUCUCUACAAGGUUUUAACAGAUGUUUUAAUUCCUGCCACGAUGCAGGAGAUGCCAGAAAGUCUAUUGGCAGAUAUCAGAAACUUUGCCAAGCACUGGGAACACUGGUUGGCCUCCUCUCUGGAAAACCUCCCAGAAUGCCUUGCAGCCAAGAAGAUGCCCAUAGCGCGCCGCUUUGUUUCCUCCCUGAAGAGACAAACUUCUUUCUUACACCUGGCACAGAUAGCCCGCCCGGCCCUUUUUGACCAGGCUGUAGUGACCAGCAUGGUUCUGGACAUUGACAGUGUUGAUCUCAGCAGCAUCAACUCACAACCCCUGCUCAGCGUGUCGGCAGCUGGAGACCAGGACUCCGAUAUUUACACUGAGUAUGAUUCAAUUAGCGUCUUUCAAGAACUGAAGGAGCUGCUGAGAAAAAAUGCCACUGUUGAAUCGUUCAUAGAGUGGUUGGAUUCUGUGGUUGAGCACAAAGUCAUCAAGCCUGGCAAGCAGUGCGGUCCAUCUGUGAAGAAGAGAGCUCAGGAUUUCCUCCUCAGGUGGAGCUUCUUUGGUGCCCGGGUCAUGCACAAUCUCACGCUCAACAACGCCUCCAGCUUUGGUUCCUUCCACCUGAUCCGGAUGCUGUUAGAUGAGUACAUCCUCUUGGCUCUGGAGACACAGUUCAACAACGACAAGGAGCAGGACCUACAGAACCUCCUAGAAAAAUACAUGAAAAAUGCAGAUGCCAGUAAAGCAGCAUUCAUGGCAUCACCCAGUUCCUGCUUCCUGGCCAACCGCAACAAGGCGUCCGCUUCCGUCGACCAAUCGGUGAAGAACGAGUCUGUGGGAGAGCACGCCUACAUGCCUCUGUCCACCAAUCAGCAGCAGGAUCUGGAAGCUAAAACAGUCCUCUAUCAGGGAAAUGACAGUUCUGGUUUCUCAUCUUCAGGUGGUCAGAUGGACUUCUCUCAGGUCAGCGGGCCACUCAUGACCCCGCCCAUCUCACCUGCUGCAUUAGUGCACAGGGGCUCUGUCAUCAACCAAGGGCCCAUGGCAGCAGGGGGGCUGGCACCUUCCUCCUUGUCAUGCUCCUUCUCCUCGUCCUCCUGCCUCUCGUCUCUCAGGGAAAUAUCGCAGCCCAGCUCCUGCCCUUCAUACCCGGACACCUUAUACCAAUGCUUACCUCAGUCCAGUGGUUAUUUCCCCCCCGCCAGCAGCAGGUCCUCGGCUCCGAGCUACCAAACUGCUCUCAGAUCCCAGGCUCAGAAUCCCUGUAUGUCAGCAGCUCAGACUCAUAAUCCCCCUCUGGGCUGUCACCUUCCCCGGUACCCGUCCCUCAGUGAUCCACCUCUGAAUAAGGAAGCUUUUUACCCUACAUCUGGCAACGCCGACUGCUCCCUGACAGCUUAUGGUUCGGCAGUCCGGCCACCUUCCAGGUACACUCCAGGCCCAGAACCGGUUCAGUCGGAGCAGGGAAUGGAUCAACAGGCAGCGGCUCAGAUACUGGAUGCCUCGGAGGGUUUUGGGUUUAUGGGAGCUGGACUGAACCUCGCUGGUGGUGGUUGUCAGGGACAGACCUAUGGCGUCCUGGGACAUGGCGCAGGUUUUUAUAGCAACAGCAGCUUCUUCUCCGGCCAGCGAGUGAAUGCUUUGGUUGAUCAGCAUGUGUCCGUCAUCAGCAGCGUGGGAAGUCUUCGCCCCUUCUCUUCGACCUUCUCUGAAGUCCACGAUCCGCUGAACAUCCUGGGCGAACCAGGAAGGAAGACCGCUGGAAGCUUUUUCAGCGAGGCAGAAUCUGGAACAGGUCAUUCCCUGCCCUCGUCCGGAUCCGCCACCUGCAUGUUCGGCCUUCCCUCUCCGUUCAGCUCACAGGACGCUCUGAUGUCCCAGCAGCGUGGGACGCCGUCCUCAGAGGUACAGGACCUGGUUUCCUCACUGCCACCCAUCAACACCGUGUUUAUGGGUGCAGGGGGAACGCAGUGACUUCCACAGGAAGGAAUGGUCCAUGAAGCUUGGGCUACAAACUAACAGAUAAUGAAAAGUUUUCCUAAAGCCAACCAAACCAUAACAGUUGAUUUUUUUUUUCAAGGACUGUGAAGUUUAUAUUGUCCCUAGAGAAUAACCAAGAAACAUUUAUAAAAGAUUGAACUAACAUUUAAAGGACAUGCAUCUUGAAUGGAUCUGCCUGGAUAUUAUAAUUCUCUGUCUCAUCUAUCAUGAUGCUCCCAUUUCUUCUGUAUAUAAAUAAAAUGAGACUGAGGACUCGUGAUUAACUCCCACCGGUUAUUUUAGUUGCUGCUGGUUCGAGCUUCAAUUAGAUUAACCUUUAAGAAGCAUCAAGAUUUAACCAUUCUGACAACUUUCUCUGCAAGAUCCAGUACUAUAUUGCAGCCUUUAUUUGUGUGCUUAAAAUAGAACAAAAGGAAAAACAUGUGCAUUAUAUCAACCAAUGUUUUUAGGAGAUUGCUCUUUUAGUUUCUCAUUUGAAGUGUUGAUAAAAAUCAUUUCAGGGAUAAAAAUGUCCGUCUAAUGUCUGUGAUUGUUAUGAGCUGUUACACAUAUGCUAAGUAAGAAAUGAACCAGAAAUAAUAAUAAUUCAU